UUUCUCCAUUCUCGUUGGUACCCGGGAGAGGGUCAACAGAUAAGGGCAGAUUUCUUUCAUCCAUGGAUUCCUUACUCUCUUUAAUGGCGUCCAAUGCGCCUCUCUUCACUUCUCCCACCAUCACUCUCAGCUUCUCCAGACCCAAUUUCACCCACCCCACCUUCAUUUCCCCUUUCUCUGUUACCUCUCCUUUCUCGCUGCGUACUGCUGCUCCGCCCAUCCACCGUCCUUCCAAAUUCAUCCCGAUCUCUGCUUCUGGCAAUAGUAAUGACGGUGUUCGUGGAGACGGCGGCGGCGGCGGCGGCGAUGACGACUCGAAAUUGCUUGAUGGAGAAGCUGAGGAUAAUGCGACGCUGUCAGCGGAUGCGAUUGUUCUGGAUGUUGGAGGGAUGAUGUGCACGGGCUGUUCCACGAGUGUCAAGAAGAUUCUUGAAAGUCAGCCGCCAGUGUCGCAUGCUACUGUUGACCUUGCUUCAGAGACAGCAUUCGUGUGGCUUGUAGCUGAAGCAAAAAUCACACCCAACUGGCGGGAGGAGCUGGGGGAGGCACUUGCAAAGCAUUUGACUACUUGUGGUUUUUCUUCUAAGGCUCAAGGUCAAGGUGCUAUAGGAGGAGAUGUUUCAUGAUAGAAAAUGCAAGAUAAAUUGUUCAAGAGCAACUGCUUUAUGGUGCAACCCAUUUUCAACAUUGGUUGCCUUAUUAGUAGACUUUAGAAUUGAACUCGAAAAUAAAUGUCGUUCUAACUUGUUCUAUCAAUAAACUGAUAGAUUUCAGCAAUGACGGUUUUAAAACUCAAAGGGAAUGAUGAUGAUGAAAGUACAGAUUUUUUCUUUCGCCUCUCGUGUAAACCAUCGUGCUUGUAAGUGACAUCGGUUUGCAACUUUUAUGAGUACAAAAAAGACUCCAACUUAAUCAUA